AUGGCUGGUGGCACCGGUCUGCUGAACUGGUUUGCAGAAAGUUUGAAUCGCGCCUUGCAGGCGGCAGAAUCUGGUGGCUACGAAGAUGGCGAAACUGGGAAGGGCAUCACUUACCGCACUGUCAAAGAGUGUGCUGAUCGAGAGGUAUCCCGUGCACUCAGCCUUGGUCGAGAGAAGUUCAAGCUCGAAAAGAAUCAGGUUGACUUCAAGAAGAUGCAGAAGAUUGGUGACCGCAUCGCGAAGUCCCUACCGGACUUUAGCGUUGGUAUUGGAUCUGAGGUCGUCACGAAGCCAGCUCAGGUUGCAAACGCCGCCUUUCAAAAGGUCAUGGACGUCAAAAUCAAAAGGGAGGAGUUCCGGGAGCACACGAACGACCGGGAGUUUGCUCUGGCCGAUGCAACCUGGCCAGCUCAGAGCUUCAAGCAAGGUUUGCCCAUGCUCGUCAUUUGA